CCUUCUUUUAUCAGUUUACAGCAAUAUUCAACUGUAUCUUACUUCUUUAACUGUGAUAUGUUAAUACUGAGGAAAAGUGCAGUAACUACACCGACAUUGAAACUGAGAACAAAGCCUGGAUAUUGCCGUUACUGAAAUUUGAAAUAGCUUUAUCUCUAAAACUUGACACAUUUAGACCAUACGGCUUUGUCACAAGAUAAAAGAGCAUGAAGACUGUCAGUCUCUCUAUAUAUAUAAUUGACCAAAUUGGGUACAAAAUCAAAUCAAACUUAUGUGAAUGAUAACUUUGUAUGAUAGUUUAUGAUCCAAUGACAUUAAAAUGAGGGUGAGAAUCAGAAACAAUGGAAGGUCAAUCGUUUCUUGCAGAAACUAUAACCUUAUUGUCACCAAAACGGCAAUGACCAUAUCUUAAUUGGCCAAGACUCUCAGUGAUGCCAUUGCAAUGUCGUGAUGUAGUUAAGUGAUGUUUUCAACAAGUGAAAGGGAUCGCCAGCGAUCCCAUCUGUAUGAAAAGGAGCCACACGUGCUGCAGCAUCACAGUGACUGAAAGACCCUGUCAGCUGCAUACUGUAGUGCACUGCAUGGAUCAUCAGUGUAUGUUUUCAGAGGAGACCAAAUGCAAACACCCUAAUCAGAUAAUGGUGAAAGCAACGAGAGAUGAAUGGAUGAACUGAUGAAAAGGGAAUAAAGAUUAAAGAGAAGAGUCGUGGACGCAUCCAAGAGUCUGAACACAGUUUUCUUGCACAUCCAAAGGAAUCCCACCUGAUCAUAUGAUACCUUCUCUCAGAUGUGGGAGGUUAGGCCAGACGUCCAAGCAUCAGUGAUGUUUUGACCGUGUUCCAGCGAAGAUGAUGAUGUGUGUCCCCGUGAUCCUGUUUUGAGGCUUGAUGUUGAGUGCAGGCCCACCACAGGAGAUCAAGUCAGUCAGGGGAAGAACAAACACACUUAUGCGGAGGUGGCUGGGGGACCGCUUGCUGAGAGAAGCACAACAGAUAUUGAGUUCACUGCCAAGAGCAACAGCCAUGGGGGAUCUGUUUCAGGCCAGCAAACACACAGGGCAAGAAAGCAAGCAGGCUCGCUGGCCGGCACUGGAGCCAGUGGGACACCAUUGGACACAUGGCCCACACAUGGACUGUGUCAAAGGUUAAUUGAAACCUUACAGUCAGCACAUCUCUACCUCCAUCUGAUUCAGUGGAUUAUAUCCUCAUUAAGCAUUCAUAAAAUAUGGCACUGUGGAUGGGAGAGAGCAGCACUGCUUUAAUUCAUAUUAAAAAAAACUAGAGCGUAUUUAUCCAAUGUCUUACAGGCGUGGUGCUUGUAUAGUAAAUAUUGCAAACAGUAAACGUUAUGUAAGAGCCCUGGCUCAUGGGCAAACUCUGGACAACGUCUCCCGCUUCUUUAGAGGCGAGGCUGGGCCAUUGUGGCGAAGUAGACUUUGCCACUAAAACAAAACAAAAAAAUGAUUUUCGUCAAACAGCUGUUCAACUAUCCAGAGGAUGCAUAACAUGACGAAAAAGUUUUUGCAAAAUAUGUUGGGGGGAGGGGUUCUAAAAAGUUUCCCUCUCCACCUGACCAUGGCUAUGUAAGCGUUUGGAAAAAGGAACCGCGCUUUGGGACAAACCAAAUGACAAUGGUACCCACCCUCCAAAUGAAAACUGUAACGUGAGUUUAACAGAUAACAGAUAUGCAGCUCGGUGCUGGAGGAAGAGCAUAGCGUGCUCUUCGGCGACGUGAGCGGCAAGAAGUGGGCAGUCCCGUCAUCGUCAGGAGGACCAUCUGGUGCACUGGUAAAAGUGCCUCCUCAAACAUCUGGUAACCGGAGAGUACGGCGCGCUGGGUUCCCACCCUCCUGCAUUUCCUGUUAUGCCCUGGGCUGUACGGCACGCCAGAACCUCGCAGCAGUCGGUCAGCAAGUCCCGCCUCGAUUUCUCUGUCAUGAGGGGAACCUUUUCUUUCUCAGGAGUGUUCAUCUGUAUUUUAUCCGGCAUCACCACAGGGAUGCUGAGUAACACACCUGGUUGUGGUAAUAAGUCCUCUUCAUGUAGUGGGUACUGUGACAUCUGUGGACCCGCAGAUCGACAGUUCUGCUAUGAAAUUCUACAUAAACUCCAAUGUCAUACGAAAUUUGUAGAAACAAUAGAAGGGUUCAACGACACAGCAUUGUGUAAGCGGGAUGUUGUGCUAAAACCUUACAACAACUUCUCAGCGUGCAGUGAGGAGAUAGCUGAUUGCCUCCUUAUUCCAUGGCCCAAUCCGAUGGUGGAGGAUGUCUUUGUAGAGAUCCACACCAAGUACUUCCAAGACUGCCCUUUGCAAGAGUUGAGGGACCCGCCACCCGGCAUCGUCUUUGCCCUGGUCAUGACCCCCAUUUGCCUGAUACCUGCCAUGGUCUUCCUGGUGGUGCUGAAGACCAAGAAUGGGGAUGGGAUGUCUUAACGUGUGGCUGCACUCCUCUGCUCUGGUUUGGCCACACACACCCUCCUUUAGUACCCAUGUUCUUCGAUGACAUCUUUCUCAUGCACUGCUGACUUGUACUCUCUCUCCUUUUGGAUGACAUCAGGUUGUAGUUUUUGGUAAACGUACACCGCCUCAAACUGCUUUGUGCUUACAUUUGUUUCAGCACUUUGACUUUUAUACCACAUUCAAUGUGAAAACACACACUCUCUCCCUUUCUGUUUUCUCUCUCUUUCUCCUUUUUUUUUGUUUUUUUUUUGGGACAAAAUCCUCCUAUAAAAACGAGAUUUACUUGUGAAGUGUUUUUACAUUACACUGAAGUAUAGGGCCUCUUUAUAGUAUUACCAUUGAGGUUUCUGUAUUGAACAGGAGUGGAAUCACUAUUGGUAUUACUCAAAAGUUUGAACCGGAGAUGUGUAAUGCAGAAACCACAGGAGGUUUAAGUGAUUCGCAGAUUAAAAACCCACUAAGGCACUACAAUGGGAUCAUGUCCCAUUGCAUCAACCACUCUACAGGUCCCAGCACUCAGCACUAGAGCGGGGCAGAGUGUUGUCUGGCUUGUUGUAGAAUAAUUAUCAAAACUGGAACGACACACUUGUAGGGAUGUCCUUCUCAUGUACUGUGGGGUGUCAAAAGGAUCUCCUGGGAGUGAGAUUGUAUUGUAAUGCAACUAUUGCUUUCAUAGCACUUGACCAAUGUUUGGCAUCAACUUGAUGACAAAAGCCAGAUGGAUGGCUCGCUGAGAAAAGUGACAGGGCCAUUCGUUGUCCCAACACCACCACAUCUCAGAUGCCUACAGGAAGAAACAAGACGAAGCCACUGAAGCCAAUAAUAGUAUUAUUCAUGUUAACUGGUGACAAUAUUGUGUAUUUAAAAAAUGGUAAUUAUUAAGAUAAAACAAAUAAGAAAAGGCUCAUGUAUUCUUCAUGAACUUAAAAAUGCAGAUUGUUGAAUGUAGCAGGACAGGAGAGGACAGCAUCGUGUGACAGGAAGAUGAGGGUGUGCUCUCCGACAAUAGGCCAGUUAGGGAUGAGCAUGGCCAGCAUGGACCUUUCUGAUUGGUUGAGGAAGUGAAGGGUCAGGGUUGAGGACAAGCCCUGGCUUCACAAUAGGGUGGAAUGUUUUCCGAGCAUUGUCCUCAAGCGAGACUGCAUGAUGAGCCCUGUGCCUGCCAAGACCCCUGGGAUUGCUCCCAGCUCUGCCAGACCCGGCGUGGCAAAUUUGUCCACGCCAUGAGAUAUAUUUUUAGACAUUUUAAUGUAUGUGUAAUGAUGCAGUAAGACGAAUGUAAUGACAAAAAUAUGCUUAUUUGUAUGACAACAAAACAAAAGCCUGCUGUGUGCAUUGGCUUAUGGUUUCGAGGACCAAAUAAAUAUUUACACCCUAUAAAAAUGUAUCGUGUUUA